AUGUCAUUUCGCUUCAGUGGCCGCUCCUAUGCGCUUCUCGCACGGCCGCGUUUGACGUCGUCGUCGUCCUGCCACAUCGCGGCCCUCAACAACGCGAGGCGGAGUUAUUACUGGCCAUAUAGCGCGGACUUGGUUCCGAAAGACGCCACGCCCUCGAGUUUCCAAACGAGCUCCAGGCCGAGCGUGCGGGAGCGGGUGAUACGGGAAUACGCGUUAGGCCCGCUCUUCGGGGCGGCCACGCCGCUCUGCAUAUUGGGGUUUACUGGAUCGGCACGGGAGGUGAUGGGAGUGAAACGUGAGCUGCGUGGCGUGCUCGCGGAGUUGCUUUUAUGUGAAGAGGAUCAACUUCGUCUUGGGCCGCUCGCGCAGAUGAAAGAUAUGAUGUUAUAUCGCGGGAAUACGCCGGAAUCGCCACGGCUGGCGGACGGCCCCGGGAGCGGUCCGGCCGAAGCGCAACGCCGCCGCACCCGCUACGCACGACUUCCGAUUCAAGCGCGAACUUUGCUUGAUGUGUUUCUUUCGGAGGAGGUUGAGGCGGAUGAGGCGGAGCGCCGACAGCUUGGGAGUUUUGUUCAAGCAUGCCUCCUUUCCUCACCAACGCACGGGAUCCUGCGCGGUGAUCACGGAUGGUGUCGUAUACUCAACAAAGACGAGAUUUCAUCCUCGAAUGAUAUCAGAACGGCGAGUGAUGCGUCUUUGCAUGACGUGACUAGUGUUGUGAUGAGGCUUAAAGCUCUGGGAGUUGUCUACUGCGAGCUUUCCCCUGAAGGACGUGAAGAUGCGGAGGACUACACAUUUAAUGAGCUCCACGGAAAGGCAGUAGAGGAAGAUAUGAUAAAGCAGGUGAUGGAGAGGUGGGAACGGCGGUUAGUAUAG